AAAAAAUAAUGCGUCCUUAGAAGAAAACCGAAUAAUUUGGAUCACAAUAUUCAGAUACCGAAUAUAUUCACCGCUGAAGAACUGGGUGAGAUAUGCGAGCAGAUGAGGCAGAUCGACAGGCAACGAGACCGAUCGGUACAAACGGAUGGUAGCGCGGUGGCCCUGUUCAAUCUGUUUGUUCAGAUAACAAGGGAACAGCUCCACAUCGUGAUUGUCAUGUCGCCGAUUGGCAAUAAUUUUCGCAACCGAAUCCGAAAAUUUCCAGCGCUGGUUAAUUGUUGUACCAUCGACUGGCUUCAGCCAUGGCCAGAGGAUGCUUUAUUAGCAGUGGCGACUAGAUUCCUGGGUCAAAUCGAGCUCACUGAAAAUGAAACAGUUGCCGGUAUCAACAUGUGUCAAUUCUUUCACGUAUCCACAGAGAAGUUAAGUAAGGAGUUCCUGAUUCGUUUGGACAGGCAAGUAUACGUGACACCGACCUCAUAUCUGGAAAUGAUAAACACUUUCAAGGAUCUACUGGCGAAGAAACGAGAAGAAAUACUUAACGCUAAGACUCGAUACGAGCGCGGUUUGGGUCAGCUGGACGAGACUCAGAAGCAAGUAGUGGUGAUGCAGGAGACUCUGAAAUCGCUGCAGCCGGCAUUGAUAAGCGCCACUCAAGACGUAGAGAAAAUGUUGUUGGAGGUCGACAAAGAGAGAGAAGAAGUCGCUGAGUUUGAGAAAGUCGUGAAACAAGACGAAGCUGCUGCCGAAGUUAGUGUCGCCAAUUCCAAUUUCUAAAUACAUUUAUAGUAAAUGUCUCAAUUUCUGUUCACAGUCUCUUAG